UCACGGGCACGAGCGCUUGGCGCACACCCCUCUCUCCUCCGUCGGGCGGAAGUGGGUCCAUUUUUCUCUCAGUCGGAUAAGAGCGGCUGGAGGAGCUGCAGCCCGAGCGACACGCGCCCGCCGAGAGCGCACACCCUGUGUUUAUGUCAGUGUAGAUUCAUCCGAGAGCAAACAGCUGCAACAGCGACGAAGCACGGGACGGAACCACGGUCCGGACGGUCGUUGGACCGAGCUAUUCGCGGUUGCAGGGCUCCGUUUUCCACGCUGCCGGAGGAGAAACCCUCCGCAUUCCUGCACGCAGAGAGCCACUGAGGGCGACCAGCCGAGCGACUCGACGGGGAGGGAGAGCCCGAAGCGGCCUCUCCACAAGGCGGACCGCUGAAUUCACCCGCACAGGCUAGUGACAGACGUCCUGUCUGGUGUUUGGGCUCUACCGGAGACUCUGUGUGUUUGUUUUCGAUGCCCUGACGACCCGAGGCACGCCGUGAGAUCGGUGCUUUGAUGAAUUAUUUACGGUCUCGCUCUCCGAGGCUCGCGCUGCGAAUACCAACCGACCGCUGGCUGCGCCCGACGCCGUCUGCACGGGCCCCGAUGGUGGACUAGAGAGAAACGCCACCAUAACAACAACUCGGGCCUGAUUUGGAGAGCCGAACAUAAAGCAGAAGUGUACAUUCUUUAAUGCGCGACUGGGUGUUGUUUUGUAGCGCGGAGCCCGGGAGUCAUGUUGCCGAGUAAGUGGGGGAGGAGAGACGGAGCCCCCAGUGUUUCGACGCCGACCCAGUGUCACUCCAGCUUCGGGUUCAUUUUAUGAGCCUCAACGAAGAACCAUCGGCCCAUCCUUCUGCCCAACCACCCGUCAGCUUCCAUUAGAAAACGCCUUACACAACUGAUCUGAUCUGAUCUUAUCAGCCUGAGUAUUUUUAUUUUUGUCACCCCAGAAACAAUCUUUGAAGAACUGUUUGGAAGAUCUGUCUACCUCAUUGUUUUGCAUCAGAUUUGUAUAAUACAGAGACAAAUCUGUAAGCCGAUGAGCACUGUUUUCACUGUUGAACUGACUGUAAUACCUCAUGAAUCUACCUCAACCACAACUUUAUUUUCUACAAACCUCAACGGGCCGAUGUGUCCCCAGAUGAAUGCCUCAACCUCAUUACUGUGCAUGUUGUAAAACGCAGCCUGUCUUUCGGUAACGCUGCAGAUGGCUUCGUUUCCCGACUCGGACCUGCAGACUUGUCCGCUCUGCAAGGAGCUGUGCGGCUCCUCUGCUCCCAUUUCCUCCAGCUCUUCUACCUCCUCAUCUUCAUCACAUACCUCGUCCUCCUCCAGCCAGACUACGAGGAGGCUGCACGUCCUGCCCUGCCUCCAUGCCUUCUGCAGGCAGUGCCUGGAGGGCCAGCGCAGUCCUGGGGACCCGCUGAAGCUGCGGUGCCCCACCUGCGACCAGAAGGUGUCCAUCUCUGAGGCCGGGGUGGACUCCCUGCCUUCCUCCAACUUCCUCUUCAGCAACCUGCUGGAUGUGGUGGUGAGCUCUGAGGAGCAGAUCCAGAACAAGAACGGCCACCAUCAUCCCCGGGGAAUCUUAGGUGGAGGCUCCAGCGGCUUCCAUCACUCUCAUGGAGGCCUGCUGCACCCUCACCACCUGGGAGAGCCUCAGUGCAGCUCCUGCGAUGAGGAGAACCCAGCCACCUCCCACUGCCUUGACUGCCAGGAGUAUCUGUGUGAUAACUGUGUGCGGGCACACCAGCGGGUGCGGCUGACCAAGGACCACUUCAUCGAGUGCCUGGGAGAAAACCUCCACCUUGGCCGAGUCAACGCCAACACCAACUCGGGCCAGCCGGGGGUGUCGGGGUCCAUCGCACAGUCCCUGCAGAACAACUUCGCCCUGCUGUCCCUCUUCCAGGAUCGCAUGAGUUUCUGCCAACACCAUGACAAUGAGGUAUUCCUGUUCUUCUGUGAAAGCUGCUCGGUGCCUAUCUGCAGGGAGUGCAGCGUGGGCCGCCACAUCGGCCACACCUUCGUUUAUCUACAAGACGCCGUACAGGACUGCAGGGCCAUCACCAUCCAGCUGUUGGCAGACGCACAGCAGGGGCGACAGGCUGUGCAGCUAAGCAUGGAGAAGGUGCAGGCCAUGGCAGAACAGGUGGAGAUCAAAGCCAAGGUGGUGCAGACUGAAGUGAAGGCCCUGGUCCUCAGACACAAGAAAGCGCUGGACGAGAGAGAGUGUGAACUACUGUGGAAGGUGGAGAAGAUCCGUCAGGUGAAGGCAAAGUCUUUGUACCUGCAGGUGGAGAAGCUGCAUCAGAGUCUGACCAAGUUGGACAGCACCAUCGCUGCUGUCAGCCAGGUGCUGGACGAGGGCCGCCACCUCGACGUGCUGUUAGCCAGGGAGCGAAUGCUCACCCAGAUCCAUGAACUGAAGGCUCUGAGGGGCUUGCUGCAACCACAAGAGGAUGACCGCUUCAUGUUCACUCCUCCUGACCAGGCUCUGUACAUAGCCAUCCAGUCCAUGGGUCUCAUCAGCAGCGGAGCUUUUGCCCCAGUCACCAAAGCUCAUGGCGAGGGUCUAAAAAGUGCGCUUCGUGGCAAGCCCGCCUCCUUCACUGUGAUUGGAUACGACCACGAUGGUGAGCCACGUCUCUCUGGAGGGGACACGGUGUCCGCCAUCAUCAUGUCAGGUACGGAUGGCAACCUGUCUGCAGCGGAGGUAACAGACCACCAGAAUGGCUCGUACACCGUCAGCUACCUGCCCAAAUGUGAGGGGGAGCACCUGGUGUCGGUGUUGGUGUGUAACCAGCAUAUCCAGGGCAGCCCCUACAAGGUGAUCGUGAAGUCAGGGCGGAGCUAUGGCUCCCUGGGCUCGCAAGUAUCAUCCUUUGGGUGCGAAGGGGAGGGAGAUGGACAGCUGUGUCGUCCGUGGGGCAUCAGCGUGGACAAGGAGGGAUACGUGGUGGUGGCUGAUCGCAGCAACAACCGCAUACAGAUAUUCAAGCCUUGCGGUGCUUUCCACCAUAAGUUUGGCUCUCUGGGUUCCCGGCCUGGUCAGUUUGAUCGUCCAGCUGGGGUUGCAUGUGACAGUCAGAGACGAAUCAUUGUGGCUGAUAAGGACAAUCACCGUGUACAGGUGUUUACUUUUGAGGGCCAGUUCCUGCUGAAGUUUGGGGAAAAGGGUACCAAGAAUGGACAGUUCAACUAUCCCUGGGAUGUGGCUGUCAACUCUGAGGGUAAGAUCCUGGUCUCAGACACCAGGAACCACCGCGUGCAGCUCUUCGCCCCUGACGGCUCUUUCCUCAACAAGUAUGGCUUUGAAGGGGCCCUGUGGAAACACUUUGAUUCUCCCAGAGGCGUGGCCUUUAACCACGAAGACCACCUGGUGGUGACCGACUUCAACAACCACCGGCUCCUGGUCAUCCGGCCAGACUGCCAGUCUGCUCGCUUUCUGGGCUCUGAGGGCACCGGGAACGGGCAGUUUCUGCGGCCCCAGGGUGUCGCUGUGGACCAGGAGAACCGCAUUAUCGUGGCGGACUCCCGCAACCACAGAGUCCAAGUGUUUGAACCCAACGGAAACUUCUUAUGCAAAUUUGGCACACAGGGGAGUGGCUUCGGACAGAUGGAUCGCCCCUCUGGCGUAGCUGUGACGCCUGACGGAGUCAUUGUGGUUGUUGACUUUGGAAAUAAUCGCAUCCUCAAGUUCUAAGAAAAAAGUUUAUUUUUGCAUUCUCUCCCUCCGUUUGCCCUUGUGCAUUUUUUUCAAUGAAGGAAAUGGAGGAGAGAGAAUGAAUCAACAGACACAACAGGAGGAGAGCUCAGAGAGGACUGAGAGCAUGUUGAAGUGAAGGGAAAUUAAAACUGUCAAUUUUUAUUAUUAGUGUUAUUUUUUUUUUUUAUAAUUGAUACUCUCCCAAUCAGAUAUCUGUGGUAUGUAUGACAAAGGGGACCUCUACAAAUUGAUAAUCAAUAGAAAAAGAGCCAUAUUUCCCUUCCUCAGUCUCAGCUGCUCUGAAUUCUCUCUGUAAGCUCUCCUUAAGUAUCCAUCUCAGGGAAUUUCUCACUUUUCUUGAAAUCUUGUACCCUCUGCUCCAUACCUACCUCAUUUAGCUCUUUAUGAAUGUACUCAUAGUCACUGAGCAGAGGUUUUAGUCCGUGAAGUUUUACAAAGAAGAGAAGUCUACCUCUAUACCUUGUUAUUUAAGAGAGACAAAAAAGAAUAGACUGUUCAGUUGAUAUUUGCACAGGAUUAAUGGAAUUCUUGCUGUGCAUUUUUGAAAUAUGAGUUAAAGCGAACCUCCUGAAUGUUGUUGCUGAGACAAUACUCAGACCGCUGUAGAGGCUGCAUGAUUUAUUCUCAUUAGAGGGUGUCGCUCGGAGACGAAGCUAGCGUACAGUAGUGUCCUUUUCAUGUUUUUAGGCUACUUAGAUUUUUUGCGUAUGCAUUGGCGCUUGUCUCUGUGUGGCUUUGUGGCGUUUGUAGUGUCCUGAUAGCCUAAGAAGAGUGCGCGAAGUGAUGCCAAACUUAAUAGAAUCAAAAUUAGCUCAGGUCAAAAUAGGACCGAUGAAAAUGAUCUGUACUUUUCAGGAUCUCCCUCUAGCUUUACUAGCUAAUUCUGAUUUGAUGAAUUUAUUCAGAUGUAAACAUAUAAAGUUGAGGACAUUAUCUUUAAAAUAAUCCCUGAAAUGAUCCCCAAACUAAACUGUAAUAAAAUAAAUCCAAAGUGUUUGAUCAGCCAUACCCCCUGCCUUCAAUCAUGUCCCGUAAAACUGGAUGAUGUACUGUGUCUGAUGAAAUAAGACGACUUGCAUCGUUACUAUUCAGUCAGAUGCAUGAACAACUAAGAUGCAAAGAUUAAUGAGCAAGGAGACCAGCAUCUCCUUCAAAAGGGAGGACCCACCAAAGGAUUUUGGAGAUGUAUUUUCCAAGAUCUGGAUCUAUUAGUGAUUUUACCCUAGAGAUUUAAUCAUGUAACUGAAUGACACCUUUUUGGUGAGGCAUGCUGUGUGACAAAAGCCUCACAGGUAUACUCCUAAUUUAGGUGUCCAGAGGACAUUAAUGGCAUCAAAUGAAAGGCCAUACAUUUUACAAUCCUUUAGAUUGUGGAUUUAGAUUGUGGUUGAAAGCCACUUCUUUUUUGCCCCUGGGGCCUAGGAUUUAGUCCAGUCCAUUUAGAGGGCGAGAUCACAAAGCCCGGCCCUAUUUAUUGAUCCUUGGAGUUGAGGAGACCUCUCCAAAUCGAGUGCUAGUAGACCGAUUCCUCUAAAGAUGGAGGUCUAUAGACCGACUGCUGGAGUCAACUCAAAGUUAGAAUUUCUGCACAAUGGCCAACCUUAAGAUUUGGCAAUUAAAGAAACUAAAAAUCCCCUUUAACAACCUUUUCUUGAUUAAUCAUUGUCGCUGGGAAGUCUACAGUUGAUUAAACUCAUGGAGUCGAGUUCAUAGCACUGUCCAUGUUAGGCUCAGAAGAUAAAGUGUGCUUGGGUCACAGUUUAUUGUGCAUGAGUACUUCCACAUCCUGCUAACACCAAGACCCUUGUUGUGUGAGGCAGGUUAUAGAAGAUCCUUUUCAGCUUUCUGCAGAGAUGUUCAUGUAGAAAACAAAAGAUACCUACACCAAAGAGAACCCCCCCUUUCCCCUUCGCAUUUAUCAGCUCAGCCCAUCAAAUGAUGCCCCAGCUAUAUCAUUAGUAGACAGCCCGUAGGCUCAAAGUAGCAUCUCAGAUUAGCCUUUGUAUCCCAAUGUAAUUACCAUAGAAACUAACUCAUACUAACUCUUUGUGGGGUUUUGAAUCUCCUUGACCUUUGUUCAAUCCGUGUCCCACAGGAAGCACUAGACAAUUAAGGUUCAGUUAGCCACUUCCUUAGCCUAGCAAAGAAUCUUGGGACCUGUGGAUAGAUUCUCCGACUGACCCUCACCUCUGAGGAGAGGGUCAGUCUGCACAUGAUCAGGAUAUACAUCAUCAUAUCUAAGACAUCCUGUACCUCAACGAUCGUUUUACCUCUUUUUUUUUCGUAAACCUCAUCUCCUGAAUACCUCAAAUAUGUCGCUCUUUGCUACUGUGCAUUUAAACAUUCAAAUACCUCAACUUGUUACUCGUUCUGAAUACCUCAUUUUUACUCUUUUAUUUAAGCAUACCUUGUCACAUAUUUAUGCAUUACAAAUAUACCUCAUUCUUUGAGUCGUCUCGUGUUACAGUACAGUACAUGUCUCAUAGCUCUAGGACCAAAGAUCAUGGUACUGUUUUGAGUUGAAAUUUGUAUUAUGGUCAUCGCUCAAUCUUCCAACCCUCUACUGUCAAUUCUGUAGUAUAUGCCUUUUUAUUACCAAGAAACCAAAUAUGUCAGAUGAAAGCAUUGUGCCAAAAUGAUCUGUGAGCGUUCUGUGCCAAACGGGGUUGGCAUUUGGACCUCGCUGUUUUACAUGACAAAUGUCACUGGAACAUUAUAUCAUUGAUUACAAAUGUUAAAUCAGAGCAACUGAGAAUAAAUCCUCGCUGUCUGGUUGGAUGCACUUAAGAGGGCUGGGCCCCAUUUAUCUUUACCUCAUGAUGAUGACGAACAUGCAGAUUCCACUUGUACUUUGUUAAUGUGUGCAAAGAGGUGGGGGAAAGAGGAUGUGGCCUGUUUUAAAGAGUUAAGAAGAACUGCAGAAAACCACCUUUGAAUGCACAACAAUGACCUCACAACAAGAUUUCAGCACAAUUUACCAAGAUUUCAGUGUGGAUUUUCAGGAUGCGUGAGGUUGGGUGUGGAGGACCUUCAGAUGAGUCCACACUCAGCCAUUCUGAUAGUGGUUUAAACAAAAACAUCAGAGGAUUACACCUAACACGUUACAACAGCUGGUUUAUUAUUGAAGUGGAGCUGUUAGCCAGUUUGAUUCCACACGCCCCGCUGCUUUGAACCCAACACCUAGUUUCACCAAUAAGAUUGUUUUUUGUUUUUUUCUGCUUUUCAGUAUUAGUCUAAUUCUUUUCUUUUUAUUAUUAAGAUUGGAGAAUUCUGUCUUUAAGAUCCUUAGGUCUUCACUCUUAAAGAGGAAAAACGUGUUUUAAACCUUUAUUUGUUCUUCAUUUUGUUGCAUGCUUUAAAAAGUCCUCGUAUUAUAGACAUCUCUCAGAAAGGUGUUGCGAAACGCAGACGGGGUGGGUAGCUGACUAUUGGUUUUUACCAAAAUAUAUACCCAAAGAUGUGUAUGUUUGUGCUAGGAUUGCGUUGGAUGGAAUUAACUUUUGACCUUUGCGAUUGUAUUUCCUGUUCUCAAGAGGCUCGGCGGAGCACAACCUGUUCAGCCAGCCACACCUCGAUUCCUGAGAAACAAGAGAGGCAGAGUUUUAUGACAAAUGCUCCCUUUGAUAUGCAGAAUAUGGGUAGACAUAUUAACAUGUUGUCCUUUCACACUCAAGCCCUGUUAACUGCUGAGCAUAGAUUUACCGUACAAACGAUGAUGAAUCCAUAAGGCAGCCAUUUUGUGUGUGACCUAAUGGGAACUCCCUCACUGUCAUGUGAGGAGCAGCUGUGUUUCUUCAGCACAAACUAGCAAUCGGCUCCCUUCCCUCCAGGAAGUGCAGUGAUGGCUGCUGUCAUGUGAUUGGUUGACUGCACUCCUGCUCGGCUGUUUCCCCCCUCCCCCCUUUAGUUUUUUUUUUUUUUUUUUUAUUGGGCCCCUGUGGUUUAUGUCCACCAAUUUAUUUCUGGCCUCUUACAGCUUUAAGAGAGAAAAAGCAAAGCUACACCAGGUGACGUGUGCAAGGUCGUAGACCUCCUUUUAAUGAUUGUAUACUCGAAUGGAAAAAAAAAAGAAAGUGAAAAAAAAGGUUGGAAAAUUUAGAAAGGAAAAAAAAUAAAACUCAGGUAGUUCUCAGCAGCCCUGCCCUGCAGGUGUCUCAUUGAAACGUGUCCCGUAGUGAUGAUGUAGUGACUUUCCCCCCUGUUAUGACUUCUCAGUACUAGUCUGAUUCUUUUGUGUGUCCAUUUCAAUAUUAUAAAACAAAUUAUUUCUAAAUCUGAAACAAUAAGGCUUUUGAUUAGUUUCCCCUGAUUAAUCUUUUUUUGUUUGUUUUGCCAAUUUUUGUUUCCUUUCACAAAAGAAAGUACAAAUACUUCUCACCACUCGAUGCUCAUUGGCCCUUUUAGAAUGUAUUUUGUGAAGAAAAGGGUUACAUGGGAUCUUGUUGAGGCUCACUCGCUACAACCAGCUGCUGGUGGCACAAAAGGACAAAGGAGAACACAGAAAAUACUCAGACAUCGGGUGCUAAAUGUUCCACACCAGCAAUACUCAGAGUAUUUGGUGGAAUCAUGUGGUUGUAGUGGAACAUGAGGCACCUUGUUCACUUUAUAACCAGCUUUAACAUCAGGUGGGGGGUGUGUGUCAGCUCAUUUUUGUCCAAUACUCUUGUUUCCAUUGCAUUCUGUCCUCCCAGCAGCCAGUUGUGCGCAGAGCGGGUGUCGUGUUUGUGCGCUGCAUCCAUGUUGUCUAAGCAGAAAUCCACUGAAUGUAUCCUCCUAACAGUCCACGAGGCGGGGCGAGCCAGUGUGGCCAGCUGAGUUUAGAUGGGUGCUGCUAGCGCUUCCUCAGCCACGUCACAGUGUGUGUGUGUGUUUAUCAGUCAUACCUUGUGUCUGUUUGUCUGUCUAUGUGUGUUUGUUUGCCGGCACACCGUCCCUCCCUCUUAACACACACUCACACAUCGUGUUGAGUUAAAGUGCAGAUGUCAGGUCUUCAGUCUAAAUAAGGCACAGGAGACUAUAAUAUAUUGGCCGCCUGCUGCUCUCUCUGUACUCUGUGGACUUUAAACAUUUCCUAUGCAGUUUUUUGUUUGCUUUUUUGGUUUACACUUAAAUAAAUAAAGUUGUAUUUCUUUGACUUCAAAA